CGCCAAGAGUCGAACCUUCUUUUGUUGGUCGUCGGAGCGGUGAACAGCUCCGCGUGAAAGAGGUCCAUCAGUCUCUGUGAAAAUCAACGGCGCGGAGGAUGUUCAUCGCAGGUUGAGCGGCUGGCGAGCAGCCAAGAUGACAACCACACAAUCGAGUUAUUGGCUUCUGGCACAGCCUUGCCUCUUUUCGGAUGACACGUUGCACAGCCUCUUCAUCAGUGAUGAGAUGCUGGCACAGCAUCUUGGGUGACAUUGGCACAGCAUCUCGGGUGACAUGUGGCACAGCAUCUCCGGUGACAUGUGGCACAGCAUCUCGGGUGAUUUGAACCGGCAACUUCUGGUGUGACAGACCCUCCUGACCUCAUCCGGCUGUGGGCUAUCUUGAUUGAUUGAAUGGCGGUGUGACUCCGUCUUGUGCAUUUUCCAUGCCUCGUUGCUUUCAAUUUGACACAUGGCACAGCCUCUUGAUCAGGGAUGAGGUGAGAUGCUGGCGUUUCGGGGGUUUCGGAACCUGCGACUUCUGACGUGCCUGACCUCAUCCAGCUGUGGGCUAUCUCGAUUGACGGAAUGAUGGCGUGACUGGAGGUGCUGUGCAUGUACUGUAACAGUUGAUCUGGUGCAACUUUGCCCUUCUUGAUGGGAUCCUUCCUUGGGGUUGUCCCGGCGAGAUGAUGGCAGGGCGCGGUGUAGCACCUUCACCCCAAUAGAACACAGAGUCAUUAUAACGGUACUUGGGGGCCAACUUUCAGUCUAGAUGCAGUGACAAUGACUGUGCUACAUUCUUUUCGGGUGAAGACGAUAUUCUUGCCGAAAUGGCAGCUGGCGUAUUGCCCCUCCUAGUGCGCGUUCCGAGGAGGUGGUGUGGGGUGCGAGGAGGAUAUGCUUGCUGUGAACGUAUGUACGAUAAGGGGGGUUGUCAAGAUAAGGGGGGCCCUUAUUUGACGAGGUCGCGAUGGCUUACGAGGUUGGGGCCUUGUCAAAUUCUGGCCGAAGUAGGACCCCUCCUUUAAGGAAGGCCUAUCAACUGGAAUAUGUGGCAGGGGCGACCCCAACGGUGCCCAAGAGGGGGGCUAUAAGGUGCGCAUCGGUUUCUCUUGGCGGUGACGAAGAAUCAGUGACGAAAAUAUACCUUGGGACAGAUGGGGGUCACGUGCUUCAAUACAACUAUAAUCACGUGGAUACGGGAGCGUAUGUAGAGUCCUUACCAGGAGCGGCAAUCACGGGGAGUAUCAGUAGUGCCAGUGGAUUUGAAGUGGGAUUGGAAAAUUCCAGUGCAGGAAACUUUCUCACUCGUUCAGCGAAUGCGAGCUUCACAAAUACUCUGACCUCGAAUGUAACACCUAUAUCUAGCAGCGCGCCGAGCCCACGUACAGCUCCUGGUGGAAGUCAGAUUGGAGGACGGAGUGUCUCUCUACCCCCUCUUGACGACUUUGACGCUCAGGAGGAGGGUGGGGAUCCUGCAGGUGAAGGGGGGGAAUGGGUAGGGGAUAAGGGAAACUCUUCUCCGGUGCCCAGUGUGUCUUGGUUGACGCUUCCUGAGCAGUUCCUUAAGACGGGCAGAGGUCACAGCGUUGAUGGAGGAAGAGAGGUGCAAACAAGGCUCCCUGCUAAACUUGUUGCUAGCAGAGUGGUCACGAAGGCUGGAGUCAGAAGUAUGUGCGUGCUGAGAGCAGUAGGGCGAUUAGUCGUUGUUACACUGGAUGGCCAUGUGGCAGUGGUGGACGAGGACACGUUGGAGAAUGGUGUGUGGUUGAGUCAGGCUAAGGGCACCGUAGCAAUCGCAAAGGACCUAUUGAGAGGGAGGAAGCAUGCAAGGAGGGCGACGGUCGACGGAGCACGAGGUCGAGCGGGAGAUGGAGUGGGGAAGGAUGGGAGAAUGCUCCCUGGGAGAUCGGCCACGUGUCGCUUUGUUGUGGCGUGCCAGAAGAAGCUGGUCUUUUUCGAAAGCCGUCAGAGUGCCGGAUGGGUUGCUGGAGGAGUGGAUAGCCGGGCUUCCCGAGGAGCCACUAGUUGGACACUUAGCGAUGGAUCCCUCUCUGUCUUACAGGAGAUGAGCUGCUUCGAUGGAGUUGUGGACUUGCUUUGGAUGGGGGAAUCACUAUUUCUGAGCAACCGGAGAGGCUACCUAAUCUACCGGCUGAGAGAGGGUGGCGGUCUGUUGCCACUCUUCUCUCUCCCUGCGGAUUGCCAGGAUCAACCGCUGAUGAAGGCGAUCUCUAGCAUGGGGGAAGCUGUAUUGACAACGGAGAAGAUUGGAGUGCAGGUGGAUGCAAGAGGCCAGCCAACGGGUACAAGCCUGCUGUUUGAUUCGUCUCCAAGUUCUCUUGGACAAAGCCCGCCCUUUCUCAUGGCUGUCAUUGGUGGCAAUAGUGUUGAUGUCUACAAUCGCAGGACUGGCGCAAAAGUGCAGAGGCUGGAUUUGCCAAAUGGACUGCUGGGGGAGAAAAAAAAGGGAUCAUCAUCAUCUUCUUCGUCAUCGGGACUGGGAUGGAUGCUGGCGAAUGACGACAAUGGGAGCUGCGUGAUUGCCUUCAAUGAGACGCAGGUGUGGUAUGCGCGUCCUGUGGCUCUGGAUGAGCAACUGAAGGAGCUUCUUCGGCGAAAGGAGUAUGCCGAGGCAGUGACACUGGCUGAAGAAUCAGUCUCGGAAGCCCCUGUAAACACCAGUGGCAGAUCCGAAAGGGGAGGCGGAGGGGAUGGCCUUUCGAGAUUGGCCAUUGUUCAGGCGGAGGUGGCAUUCCUGCAGUUUUUUGACCUGUGCUUUGGCAAAGCAGUGGACAUGCUAUUGCAUUGCUCCCUUGUAGAGCCCCCGGAACUUUUUCCGUUCUUCCCUCAACACACUGCAAGAUGGCACCAAAGUGUUCCUCGGAAGCGGUACUGGAGUUUGCACCCCCCACCCCAGCCCAUAGAAGAGGUAGUAAGGAAGGGUUUAUCAGCCAUAGAAAACGGAAUUCUUGGCCAUCCUGAUGAUGACGGCACGGUACUGAUGGACUACGAUGUGGGAAACCACGCGUUAGACGUGGAGGAACAGUAUGUGCUGAAGGCGAAGCGGGCAGUUGCACAGUAUUUGAAGGCUUCAAGGCCAAAGGUCACUGCUUUGGUGGAGAAAGAGGGAACUGACACUCUUCUCGCCAGGCUGUACAUUGAUGUGGGAAUGCGGGAGGAGAUGGAGGUUUUUGUCUCGACACCAAAUUCGUGUGUUGUGGAAGAACUUGAAAUCCCAUUACGUCAGGCACAGUGGUUUUGCGCAUUGGCACUCCUAUUUGAGAGCCGUGGGUUGGUUCACGAGUCUUUGCAGAUCUGGGAUGACUUGGGCAAUGGGAGAUGCAGGGAGGCACCCUAUGGUGAGAAAGAUUCAAGUUUCCCCUCCUUUCUCAAUCCCACUGGAGACGGGUUCGCUACUGAGGGGAAAUUUAGAGAGGGGAUGGGGUCAGCACUGGAGGUGGCACAGCGAGCAGUCGGGGAGGCUUCUCGUAUACUGCAGAGUCUAUCCGAUGUCACAGCAGUGCUGAAGCAUGGAGAGUGGAUUCUGCGGGAGGAUCCCGCUCUGGCAUUUGCAGUCUUCACUUCGAAGCAGCGCAAGAAGCCGGUUCCCGCAGAUGACAUUUUGCAGCUGCUUCGGAAAAGCAGGAAUGAUCAGGUGUAUCAAUGGUAUUUGCAGCAUGUUGUCAUGGUCGAGGGAAGCAUGGAUGGGCAUCUCCACACCGAGCUUGCAAUAAUGCUAGCAGGUGAGGCUUUGCAGGAAUCGAUGAGCGCAGAAGACGAAGGAGAGAUUAUUCCUUUGCCUGCAGACAGCGUGGUUCAUUAUCAGAAGGACAGCGAGAAUGCCGUAACAUCGCACAGUAAUGGUAACCGCAGUGCAGGAGGGCAGCAUGGUGGUUAUAAGGGAUUGAAGAACUGGGUCAAGAACAGCAGGGGCGGAAAUGGUGUGGGCGCAGUCGCAGCUGCUGAAGUACCUGGAGAUGACUGGUUCGGUCAAGGUAGAAGAAGACAGCUACCAAACGCUGAACUUGGUUUUGAGAUGGAAGAGAGUAACGUGGUAAAAGGCCUUGGAAAGAGCUAUGCACCAUCACGGUCACAUCCAAGGAUGGUGGUUAAUGGUGUUGUGAAGAACAAUCUACAGCUUCAGAAUCUACGAAAGGGCAAAGACCUCAUUGCACCCCUGGGGGGCACUGCACAGGAUGGUGACUUGGGAUCCACUACUUCAUCAAUGCUUGAUGGGGUGCUGGCUCGGGAUGAGCAGCGAAUGAAUCAAGUUAUAACUUGGGAAGGAGGGAAAAGCAGUCGGGACAGAAAGCGUGGGCCUCGGGAAUGGCAGCAUGAAAUUGAAGAGAGACCAGAACGGCAGUGCAGUGAGGGAUGGACACGGGAGGAAAACGGAAAGGGUGGAGACACAGCACCCGCAGGUGAGGCUGGGAAGGGUUUUCCUGCCGAGGAAGAUGGGUUUGGAGAUGAUGGGUUGGCCUUGGUAUCUGAGAAAAGGCAGCAACUGCAGGCAUUCUUAAAGUUCUCCGACAGGUAUGAGAUAGAAGCAGUCCUGUCCUUCAUUGCGGACACAAACCUUUGGCAAGAGCAGGUAAUUCUUAACAGCAAGCAAGGAAAUCACACAGCUGCAUUGCGUGUCCUUGCACUGAAACUCAGCGAUCUCGAGGAGGCUGAACGGUACUGUGGACAGUAUGGUGGACCAGAAACAUACAAAGAGUUGUUUGAGAUGUAUCUCCACCCGGGGGACGGUCGGCCGCCGUUGUUUCCUGCCGCUAUUGGAUUACUCAACCUGCAUGGCGAUUACUUGAAUCCCAUCCAAGUUUUGGAGGCGUUGUCUGAUGAUUUGCCACUUCACGGAGCAGUGGACGUGAUUUCCUGGAUAAUGCAGGAGCGCGUGCAUCGGCAGCGUUUGGGGCAGGUUGUAAAAGAGUUGAACUGCUCUAAAAACCUGUUAGCGAACGUAGCUCUUGUCCAGCAGAGGGCACGCUAUGUGGCUAUGAACGACGAGCGGGCGUGCUGGUCGUGUCAUGCUCGCAUUGGCACGAAGCUUUUCGCUUUGCAUCCCAAUCAUGAUAAUGCUAUUGUCUGCUAUCAGUGUUUCCGCACGACUGCAUAGAAGACGAUAACAUAAUUGGCUGGCAUAGAAGACUCCACUUGUGUUGCGUGCAGUGUGGGGAAGUUUGGUUGCAAGCUUGAUGAUUCAGCGCUGGCUGUGAAGUGCACAGUUUGGGAACAGAGUUUGAUGUUCUGGUGUGCUUGUCUGUGGGAAAGCCCAGGUGCUGCAGUCUGAAGGGGGGGGGCGCGCUUCAAAUCUUUUUCUAAAAGUGUUGUGUAUGUGACGUGUAUAUGAGCUGCUUUUUCUGUGUGGUUUGACCACUCAGCCGCUACAAAUCGUUGUUGCUCCACCACCAGCCUGUUCUUUGCUUUUCCGACUGCAGAAUCUGGACAAGUUUUCUUUGCUGCUUAUAUGAUGCAAGGAGUUGAAUGGCUGGAGGGAUCUCUCUGUCCUUAAUUUUCUGUGAAGUGAUAGCUCCAUUUGGGUUUUUCAAACUCCCUGAUCCAAUUCAGUCAUUAUGAUACCAAAAAUGAUUGUGCAGUCGUCCAAGAAUCCACACCUCCUUCACACCGCUCUGUUUCUUUAAUGCAUCAUCACGCAAUUCGUCACACACAACAGACAAGCUUUACACGCUUUAUAGGACAUGCGAACUCGUUAAAAUCCCUCCGAAAACCCGAAAUUAUUAACAAUAGGUCUUCGGUGCGCAAGCGGCUAUGGCCGUUGUGAACAGCUCAAGCGGUUAUGGUCGCUGUGAAUAGCAAACAGACAGCUUCAACUGAUUGGGACUGACAGACUACUGGUACCUAACCACCGAUUCGUACGGGCUUCGGGGCCUACCGGUUUCUGUACGGCCUACUAGUAUGAUAUCCACGGGAAUCCUAUUACGGUCUACCAGUGGGGUGUAUAAUACAAAGGGAAAUUGGGACUUGGUACCAGGAGCGGACCACGAGACACGUGAGUCCUUCCAAUCGCGAUGAAAGGAAGCAACGAGGAAAGUUGGUUGUACUGAAGGUCGAUGACAACAUGAAGCAAUGAGGGAAGUGCAGAGAAGACGCAGACGACAUGUGUCCCUGGAAACAGGCCCCGUUUGCACACGCCAAUGGACCCUUUAUAGGUGAACAAGCAUCGGUAUCGAAGAGGAGGGUUGUGACGACGGAAGACAAGACUGGCUGAGGCAAACCAGGGCCAGAGACGAUAAUCAGCAGGUGGUGGCUGACUUGGAGCUGAAGUGCAUGAGAAUGGAUAGAGAGGAGAGCAUGCAGAGAGGGCUCCAAAAGGUGGAAAAAAAUUACUCGGAGGUGACGUGCAUGAAAGCAGUGAAGGAUUUAGAGAAGAGCAUACAGAGAGGGUCCUGAAGCUGGAAGACAACGCAAGCAGGUUGGAGGUAGAGAUGGCAGCAAUGGAAGAAGGGAAUCGAGGGUCAAAGCCAAAGAUGAGUAAGCGUUACAGACUUGGAGGAUACCAGACACCGGCCAAUAAAUUUUGCCCAAGUCGUAGCGGAAGGUUAUGGUGAAGUCUCAGAAAGAGUUUGAGUUUGCGACGAUCCAAGCUGUACAGACGGAGGAUAGAUUGAGUGAAAGAUCAGAGACAAAUAAGGUACGAGUUUUACUCGAGCGUCCUGACAACUAAGUUCUAUGGUGCCAUGGUGGCAAGCUUGUUGUGAAAGGCGGGACGGAGCUGUGGGGACAUUGCUGAAUCAUCCUCAUUGGUCACACUGUUGUCAGAAUUGCUGUUGCUGCAUACAAGGCAAAGUAUGUGUGUGGUCUUUUCAUCACACCAAGGUAGAGGCCAAGGUGCUGAACAGGCUUUUGCGAAUGCGGCGGUAAAAUGGUUGUUUUGAAAUUACCUGUUGGUCGUCCGUGAAUAAGGACAAUCAUCCGGUUUCUUGAGUCGAUGGCAAAAGUGGAAGUGCCUGAUGUGCGAGCUCGUCACAAUUGGGGCUGCGUGAAUGGAAUGAUUGAGUUUGCAUGUACAGGAAAGCUUGAAAGUGGAGUGAGUCUCGGUGUCCCAUGCUCGCUUCCUUCCUUGGCAAUGCUGGCAGUGGGGUUGCUUCGGCCAUGUGCCGCCUUCGUUGUUUUCCAAUCCAUCAGCGGCUGAUGAUGUUGUGAAGUGAGUAAUAAUCUCUGUGUGCAGAAAAAAACUUUUUUUUUCUGCCCAAGGUCAACUGAGAUUGGCCGAGCUCUGCUUUCACUGGAGUGCAAAGGGAAGUGCAAACAUCAGGAAGGCUCACAUCCGUGUUCCUGACAGGUUUAAUAUGAUGUGACAGGUCUCAACGGGGUGGUGCCGUGUGUGUGGCACAAAGUUGCUUUUCAGGAUAAGUCUCAGUAGUUUUCCUCUCGUUCGACGUGCACUGAAUGGAUUGCUGUGGGGAUUGAACAAGGUUCAGUUAUUUUCCUCGAGUUCGACGUGCACUAGAUGGAUUGCUUGGCAUCAUCGGAUCUGCUCUGCACACCACUUUGGAGAGCUGUACUGCUGGGCCAAGUUGUCUUGUCACCGUGGGAGGGUCACGAUCUCAGAACUUAUGACGUCAGAUGGUACUCACACGGGGAUGAAAUGGAUGGCAGUAAUGGAAUGAAUGAGGAGAGUCCUUGAUCUGGACCACGGGUUCGGAGAGCCGCUGCUGCUGUUCGAUUAUUGAAGUGCCCAAGGCAGUUGGAGGGACAGAGGUGGGUCUGGCAAGAGAGGCUAUCAGCCUGAGUGGCGAUCCUUUCUUUGUGUUGAACGGCGGCUUCAUCAACAAGUGCCAUCUGUGAAAGAAGCUCUACGAACUCCACCUGCAUUUGGCACAGCUUUCAGUCCCGACUCCCGAUGCAGCGAUAAGGACCGGGCGUUUUAUUCGGGUGAAGACGGUAGCCAAUAAGGUAUUCAGUAGAAUGGACGAAGUCCAAGCAGCCAGGCGGGAGUAACGGGAUCAUUAACAGGAGAAUCUAUAGGAAGUGCUUGUGCAAACUGAAAUGCGAAUUCAUCUCCAUGCAUUGAUUCAACAUUCACUCGGGGACUAAAUCAAGAAAGAAGAGGAGAAGCGGGAAAGAGCGGGAAGAGCAGGAAGAGCGGGAAGAGCGGGAAGAGCGGGAAGAGCGCGAAGAGCGCGAAGAGCGGGAAGAGAGAGGAGCGCAAGUACAGGAAAGCAAAGUAUGGAUGGGAGCUGUGAAGGGAAAGCACAAAACACGGCCACAAUCGGUGGAAUGUGGGAAGGCCGAGAAGAAGAUGGUAUAUGCCAUAUGAAGAGUUGAAGAGAAGCUUGUGAUGCAUCGCAAGCUUCUAGUGAGUGUGCAUGGCGCGGUGGACUAGCUUGUGACAGUUCAAGAAGGGAGGGGGGCGAGCGCGCAAUUUCAAAGGAGAGAUUUGCACCAAGAAUUCAAAUUGCCAAUCUAUGCUGCAGGGCUUUGAUUACACGGAACUCCACCGUGGAUUGCACAUUCGAGACUUGUUGGACUGUCUUCGCUGCAGUUUUUCAGCGCUUUGAUUGCUUGUACUUCGUGAGUGAGCGAUGCCAGUCGCAGUCAGUGUGAUAAGCUACUAAGCCAUGCUGCAGCACACAUGAUUUAUCAGGACAACAAUACAAAGAUGUUGCUACGCUGAACAAGAUUGAAAUUGAAACCGAAGUACAAUCCCCCCGAAAACGUGCAGCCGGGGAAAAAGGGGUGUGCAGGCAUCUGUGCUCCACGAGCGAACUGGUCCGCAUUUUUGAGGCGUGAAAGAAGGAUUGAGAGUCAUCGUAAAAUCGAACGGACUCGUCCGCGUUUUUGUGGCAAAGACGACAUCGAGAGUAGUGUGGGCACCGGGCAAAGACGGCAUCGAGAGUAGUGUGGGCACCGGGCAAAGACGGCAUAGAGAGUAGUGUGGGCACAAGGCAUCUGUGCUCUACAAGUGGACGGGUCCCCUUUUUUGAGGUGUGAAAGAAGGAUCGAGAGUCAUCGUAAAUCGACGGGACUAGUCCACAUUUUUGUGGCAUGAAUGAGGACGUCAAGAGUAGCAUGGGCACCUAUGAGGACGUCGUUAAUAUUCGUGAGAUUACAGAAGUACUAUCUGCUGUUGUCUGCGAGGACAUCACCUACUGUGAGAAGUCCACAGAGAAAAAAAAAAUGCGGCAAAGAUGGGUGGCAGCUACACUCUGCUGGCGAGUGCACUAAGUUUUUCGAACACCUGACCUUCAGUUCGACAACGGACUGCAGCGUCAUCUUCUGAAGAGUGUAAUUUUUAGUUGGACCUGCAUUCAGUUUCCGUGGGGCUGCUUCAGUCGUAGUGGAGACCGGGAAUUAGAGAGA